ACGAGUUACUUCAACUCUUUGAACCGGAAAUAAACAAGUGCACGUUGAAAUUGGAUUUGCAAAGCCUGAAGUUUCAGAGGUCACAAACAACACCUUCAACCGACAUAAUGGUAUCAAGAAAAAAGCAUAAGAUGUCAACUAAGGGUGAUAUAACUUCAGACUUGUCUAACAAGAAAAAAAGGAAAAUAUCCAAACUAGAGAGUAAAAAAUUAGCAAAGCUUAUCGACAAAAAGUUGAAUUUGUCAGAUACAAGUAAAACAGCUAAAAGAUCAACGUCUAAAUCAGAAAAAGGAAAACUUGCCGCACUGUUUGGAGCUAAAGUCACAUUGUCAUCAUCCAAACCAGAAACACAGAAUCAAAAAGGAAUUGGUGAAACCGUGUCAGCAUCAGAGACAAGAGGAUCUGAAGGAAACUUACAAGGGGUUUCUAAUCAAAAGAAAUCAAAAAAGAAGAAAAAUAAGGAGAAUUCAUGUCCCAAAGCUGAAGCUAUAGCGUCAGUGACAGUACAAAACCAAGGUGAUAUUAAAUUGGCCACCUUGUCUAACAAGAGGAAGAGGAAAUCACCCAAAUCAGACAGUGCAAAAUUAGCAAAGUUGAUGACCAAAAAGCUGAACUUGUCAGAUACAGCCACGGCAUCAGAAAAACAAAAACUUGCAGCAUUAUUUGGAGACAAAGUCACAUCGACACAGAACCAAGAAAGAUUUGAUGCAGCAUCAACAUUGUCUGAGGAGACAAUUGGAAGUGCAAGGAAUAUAACAAAAGGCUCCAAAAAAAAAUCAAAGAAGAAGAAAAAUAAAGAGAACUCUAGUCCAAGUAAUGAUGUCCAAGAGACAGUGAAAAAUUCAAAGGAGAUGGCCAAAACACAAGCAGAAGAAGACAUGGAUGAUGAUGAAAGUGAAGGAGAGGAUAAACGUGUUGAUAAAAUGGCCGGUUUCUGUCCUCCUCCAGGAAUAGUUCACGAGUCACUCUUGAUGGAAAAACAAAAGAAGAAGACAAAAAAGCGAGAUCUUGAUGAAGAAGAGGAAAAGCCGAAGGGAAUAAAAAGCAAGCGUGAUACAAGUAAAGACUGCAAGACAGUAUUUGUUGGUAACUUGCCAGUAAAUACAGAUAAAAAAGAACUUCACAAGUUGUUUAGGAAGUUUGGAUCCAUUGAGACUGUCAGACUUCGAUGUGUGCCGAGAUCAGAUACAAAGUUACCUAAACGAGCUGCUGUCAUCCUGAAGGACUUUCAUCCUGAGAGAGACAACAUCUGUGCUUAUGUCUGCUUCAAGGAGGAGGAGAGUGCUCAGAAAGCACUCAAGAUGAAUGGAAAACUCGUUAAGAGCUUUCACAUACGUGUAGAUAUGUCCAAUCAUGAUCCAAAGACAGACUUCAAGCGCUCAAUUUUUGUUGGAAAUCUUCCUUUAGAUAUAAAGGAAGAGGAUGUGAGAAGUCAUUUUGAAAGUUGUGGAAAAAUCAGAAAUGUUCGAGUCAUUCGAGACAGCAAGUCAGGAGUUGGAAAGGGAAUCUGUUAUGUAACAUUUAAGUCAAAGGAUUCUGUGGGUCUGGCAAUGAAACUAAAAGGCACAGAAUUGUCGGGACGUAAAGCUCGUGUAGAAUACUUUACCAUGUUCAAGAAAAACAAAAAGAGACCUGAAAUUUCAAAACCUCUGAACUUUGAACAUCGUGUCCACACAGGGUUUGACCCUGAGCAUGGGAAAUAUGUGGGCCUGCCCCCUCAGUGGAUGGGGAUCAUCAUCCCUGACCAACAGACAGAAUGGAGGAAGCCCGUGGUGGACCCCUCCACCAUCACUGACAUGGACAUCCAACCCCUCAAGACAAUCAUAAGAGGAAGUUCUUCCCAGUUAAAUGGAUAUCAUGGUGGGAUUUCAGUAGCCAGAUCAAACUCCUUACGGCAAAGCAGUCCCCCACAGAGGAGGAAGUAUGUCCCUGAUUCCAUGUACCCUGUCCCUGAGGGCCAGCAUGACCGGUCACCCAACCAGGACAGGAUUCCCCCAGGCUACCCCACAAAUGGGCGGGGAGACCCAAACUUUGACCAGUAUCCAGGAGAAUAUCGACAGGAUCCCCGAUAUCCUCCCCCCGAUCACAGGAGGGAUCCUAGAGACCCCAGAGGACAGCGUGACCCACGGGAUUAUCAGAGAGACCCCAGGGAUUACCAACGGGAUCCUCGGGAUCAUAGAGGGCCUCCUCCCCCAGGGUACAGAGAAGGGCAUAUGAUGGCACAUGAUCCUCGCUCUGAGGACUUUAGGGGUAACGAUUCAUUUGAUAGAAGAGGGAACGAUUCCUUUGACAGAAGAGGAAAUGAUUCUUUUGACAGAAGAGGACCAAAUGACAGUUUUGACCGUAGAGGUCAUAAUGAUUCCUUUGACAGAAGGCAGCCUAAUGACACUCUGGACCGCAGAGGUCCAAACGAUUCGUUUGAUCCCGAUAGAUCACGUGAACAAGACUUGUCCUUCCCACCUGCCAAAUAUAACCACAUGCCUCCUGGAAUGCCCCAUGGGGGAAGAAGCCCUACGCGUCAUCCUGAAAAUUUCAGACAUAAUCAAAUUGACAAUGGACAAGGUCCUAAUCGCCAUCCAGGAAUGCAAGGAUUCAACAAGCAACCCAUGCCUCAUCACGAGGGGGCACCUCAUCCACAGCAGGGCUAUCAACCCGGACCUCAGAAGUUGGGACCUCCCCAGCAACCCUCCACAAAACCCCCUCCCCCAGCUGGGCCAGUACCUGAGCAGCAGCGACUGUCACAUGAACAGUUCCGAGCAGCAUUGCAGAUGGUGGUUAGUCCUGGGGACCCCAGGGAGGACUUGGACAAUUUCAUCAAGAUUGGAGAGGGAUCUACUGGUAUUGUGUGUAUAGCCACUCAGACCAGCACAGGGGCCCAGGUCGCUGUUAAAAAGAUGGACCUACGGAAACAGCAAAGGAGGGAGUUGUUGUUUAAUGAGGUGGUGAUUAUGAGGGAUUACCAUCACCCAAACAUUGUGGACAUGUAUGACAGCUUCCUUGUUGGUGAUGAAUUGUGGGUAGUAAUGGAGUUCCUAGAAGGUGGUGCCCUCACUGACAUAGUAGUGAACCAGGGAAGCAGCAGAAUGGAUGAGAACCAGAUAGCCACAGUGUGUAAAGCUUGUCUGAAAGCUCUGUCAUUCCUUCAUUCCAAUGGAGUAAUACAUCGAGACAUCAAGUCUGAUUCCAUCUUACUCUCCCAGGAUGGCAAGGUGAAACUCUCUGACUUUGGAUUUUGUGCACAAGUUACUCAAGAACUGCCCAAAAGGAAAUCACUGGUGGGAACUCCUUAUUGGAUGGCUCCAGAGGUCAUCUCAAGGUUACCUUAUGGACCAGAGGUUGACAUAUGGUCCCUUGGUAUUAUGGUGAUAGAAAUGAUUGAUGGGGAACCUCCAUUCUUCAAUGAGCCCCCUCUCCAGGCAAUGAGAAGAAUCCGGGACAUGCCGCCACCCAAGCUGAAGAAUCCUAAAAGAGUGUCCCCCAGAUUGCAAGGGUUCCUGGACAUGAUGUUGGUACGCGAGCCGUCACAGCGAGCAACAGCCUUUGAAUUACUGCAGCAUGCGUUCCUGAGGGGAGCGGACAAACCAACCUGUCUGAUCCCUAUGAUGAAGAGCUUCAGACACAAUUACGUGAUAUUAUUAAAAACUAUUACCUGCACCUUAGCUAGACAAAUUACAAUGAAAUGCAGUGUGCACGGCUAUGAAAGUAGAACCAUUUUACAAGACCUUGGAAUUUCGGUAGGUCACUUCACCGCUUUCCACAGAGAAACAGGUUUGAACUUGGCGGUAGGGGGUGAGGAUGGAGUCAUACGAGUGUACGACUUGACAAAGGAAGAUGGGUAUAAAUCACCACAGCUUUCUUUGGAGACAAAAAGUGGACCAGUUCAGGCCAUGAAGAUAGAAGAUAUUACCAAAUUCUACCACAAUGAUCUGGUGACGGUUGAUUCAUGUGGGAUGAUGACUGUAUUCUGUAACCGACAGAUUCUGUGCAGACAGAGCAUCACUGACAGCUGUCUCAAUUGUUUACAGAUACAAAAGGAUAAAACGGGUAACCUUGCAAUCAUAUUGAGCAGUGACUCGGGAACAGUGUGUGGUGUUCUUCCUUCCAAUGUGCUAUGGCGGAUUAAUCUCAAUGAACUCAAGUUAAAUGAGGUUCGUAGUUCUACUCUGUCAGUGAAAUGUCAGUUGACAGUUAAUCUAACCAAUGAACAUAAUCAGAAAUCAAGUUAUGUCCUUGUGUCAGACAGUGAUUGUCAGAUGUAUGUCAUCCAUCAAGGGACCGUUGUCAUGGUGAUUAAGACUCCAAGUAUUAUAACAGCUAUGUGCAGUGGAAAUUUUGUGAAAUCUGAAAAACUUCCUGUGACCUUGACAGCAACCUCAGGUUCAGGAUCUGGUGAACAAGUUGCAUUGGGAUCAGACACUGGAGCUCUAUUUAUAUUCCAUAAUUUUUCGAUUACGGAGUUUGCUAAUGCUCAGUACCCAAUCACCAGCCUGAGUAAGCUCCCUUUCCCUGACUUGGAGCAGGAUCUCCUUCUGUGUGCGGGUUACUUCAACGAGCUCCAGAUCUACUCGGAUGGCAAGCUGCUGGAUAAAUUCCCGACGUCGGAUUGGAUUAACAGUAUGGACACCGCGGACAUCGACGGUGAUGGUGUACAGGAGGCUGUGAUUGGCUGUAUGGACAGCACCUUAUACUGCAUCAAAUUUUCACCACCCUAAUGCAUCAUUACUUAAUAAAACUUAUAUCUUAAAUGUACAUCUUGUUGUGGCUCAUGUGUUCAACUUAUACAAAGGUUUC